UACUGUACUUGUAAGCCAACUUACUUGCUUACAGUGAGUCCUGUUCACCACAAGACUCACUGUAAGCAAAUAGGUUGGUGACAGUGCAACAUGGCUGCUGGGACUAUACUGAUGCUUGUGAUGUAUACAGUCCUCACUGGGCAAGGGUCAAAGGCUCAGGACUGUGGAGUGGCACCUCUGAACACAAGGAUAGUAGGUGGCAAGAAUGCCACGGCUGGAUCAUGGCCCUGGCAGGUCAGCGUACACUACAGACCUUUGAGUUUUCACAUCUGUGGAGGGACCCUCAUCAGUGACCAGUGGGUACUCACUGCGGCCCACUGCAUCGUAACAAAAUCACCUGAUGCAUGGACCCUCUACUUUGGAAGAGAGACUCAAAGUGGCCCUAAUGUUCAUGAGGUGAACCGCACUUUGACUCAAGUCAUCGUCCAUCCUGACUACAACAACACGCUCUUCAACAAUGACAUUGCCCUGAUGAAGCUCAGCAGCCCUGUCACUUUCACUGACUACAUCAGGCCUGUCUGCUUGGCAAGUAACUCCAGCCAGUUCUACAACUCCACUCUCUGCUGGGCCACAGGCUGGGGCAGAAUUGGAAAGGAUGAGCCCUUGCCAGCUUCUGAACCACUUCAGGAGGUUGAGAUUCCUGUUAUUGGGAACAAGCAGUGCAGCUGCAAUUACAGACCAGAGCCAGCUGCAAACAUCACUGGCAACAUGAUUUGUGCUGGGCAAGAGAACAAAGGAGCAUGUCAGGGGGACUCUGGUGGACCCUUGCAAUGCAAACAGGGCUCAGCGUGGAUCCAGGCUGGCAUUACGAGUUUUGGAGUACCUUGUGCCCUGGCUGAUUUCCCUGAGGUCUAUGCCCGAGUGUCUCAGUUCCAGACUUGGAUCACAGAUCAAGUGGCGGGGGCCAGAGUUAGCUUUGUGACUUUCACCUCUAGUGGCACUGACCAAGACAGCAGCUUUGUGUGUCGUACAAAUGCAGCCACGACAGCUCCACAGAACUCCACAGCAUCAACCUUUGCAAGUGAGCUUGCAUACGUUGCCGUCUUAGGGACAGUGCUCCUGCAGCACAUUUGAGCUCUAUAGCACUGUGUGUGAGUGUGUAUGUAUAUACAAUGCAUAUACAACUUAUUUUAUUGUAUUUGUCUUUUAAAUCAUUUUGCAAAUUCCCUAAAGUGUCAGACCUUACUCAUGUAUAACAUCAUGAUGGACGUAGCUGAGUUUGUGAGGUCAGAGGAGUGUCAUUACUCACAGACCGUGAGUGGCUAUUUAUGUUGUGAGUUCCACCACAUGACACAUGACAUUAAAACUAAUAAUAAAAGAAGGCGUGUUUUGCUCCAUUAGUCAUAGUGGGUUGAAAUAAAUGCCUCUUUGAAUCAGAAAACACAUUAUGUAGUAAUAUUAUGUUACUGUGGCUCCAGCUUAACAACGACACUGUACAACUACUGAAAAAGGAAGUAAAGUUUAAAAAACAAAGAAGUAAAGAAACAUGUUAGGGUGAAUGCUUUAUUCCGUGGUACCAGUAUAAAUUGUAUACUGCGUUUGGUGGAAUCAGACCAAGGAAAGAUUAGCACAAGGUGUGUAAAAAGUGUGGGAAUCUUCACCUGAAAAAAGGUGUUUAAAAAUAAAAGGUAAGGGAAUGGAGGCAGAACAAUAUUUAGAAUCUCCUAGCUACAGCAA